CUCUCCCUGUCAGCAGCAGUCUCCUUCUCUCUCUCUCUCUCUCUCUCUCUUUCUCUCUCUCUGUCAGCAGCAGUCUCCUCCUCUCUCCCUCCCUCCCUCUAUCUCUCUCUCACUCUGACGAUGCGGACUGAAACUAAGGAUUAAUCAUUUUAAUCUGCGGGUUUUUUCAUCUUCUUCCUGUUUUUCACGAGUUAAAGAGGAACAGGAACGAGGAUUAAACUUUGACCCCACGUCUGUCUGUCCUCCCACACCGGUCUGUCCUCCCUCGCCGGUCUGUCCUCCCACACCGGUCUGUCCUCCCUCGCCGGUCUGUCCUCCCACACCGGUCUGUCCUCCCACAGCUCCAGGACUCUUCAGGGAUCCUCGCUGGGUUCCUCUUGAAGGUUCUCUGUGGUGUUCUGGACAGAUCCAUUCGCCUCAGGACAUCAGACCUUCAUGCGUCUCCCAGCAGUCAAAUCCAAACACACGUCCACGUCCACAUCCAGGCCCACAUCCACACCCACGUCCACCAUGAGCUGUGAACGGGAGUUUGGCGACGGGGUCAUGGGAGUCACACUCACACUGCGCCUUCUCAUGCAUGGAAAGGAAGUAGGAAGCAUCAUCGGGAAGAAAGGAGAAACUGUGAAGAGAAUAAGAGAAGAGAGCAGUGCAAGGAUCAACAUCUCUGAAGGUUCCUGUCCUGAGAGGAUCAUCACCAUCACUGGGCCGACAGACUGUGUGUUCACAGCUUUCACCAUGAUCACAUUUAAACUGGAGGAGGACCUGGCAGUGUUGCUAGUUAACGGCACAGUAACCAGUAAACCUCCGGUCACGUUGCGGCUGGUGAUCCCGGCGAGUCAGUGUGGCUCCCUCAUCGGGAAAGGUGGCUCGAAGAUCAAGGAGAUCCGAGAGACGACAGGUGCGCAGGUGCAGGUGGCAGGUGACCUCCUCCCCAACUCCACAGAGAGAGAGGUGACGAUAUCAGGGAGCCAGGACGCCAUCAUCCAUUGUGUCAAACUCAUCUGCACGGUCAUCGUAGAGUCGCCGCCAAAGGGAGCGACGAUCCCAUACAGACCGAGCCCGACGCCCGGCACCAUGCUGCUGACAGGAAACCAGGUGUUUGAGGCGUCAGACUUUGGUUCUCAUCCUCUGUUCUCAGUGACCCAGGGAGGAGUGGACCUGCAGCAGACGUAUGCAGUACAGGGUCACUACAGCAUCCCACAUGCAGAGUUAGCAAAGCUGCACCAGUUCUCACUGCAGCAGCAGGGCCUGACUCCCAUCAGCCAAUCAGCUUCACAGGUUCUGUCUGGUGCUGUUGAAGCUUCUUCCCAAACAUCAUCUCAAGAGCUCCUCAUUCCAAAUGAUCUGAUUGGCUCCAUCAUCGGUCGCCAAGGCUCCAAGAUAAACGAGAUCCGUCAGGUGUCAGGAGCUCAGAUCAAGAUCGGCAGUCAGAUGGACAGCAGCAGUGAUCGUCACGUCUCCAUCAGCGGCUCGCACAUCGCCAUCAACCUGGCACACUACCUCAUUACUGCGUGUUUAGAGACAGCCAAAUCCACCGCCCAGUCCUCCUCCAUGUCGUCUCCCGUUGACCUGACCAUGAGCUUCACCCAGCCUGCUCCCCCCGCCUCUACCUCGUCCUCCUCCUCCUCUUCCUCCUCCUCCUCCUCCCUGGCAGCGAUGGGCGCCGCACUGCCCCACGCUCCCAUCCUGGGCGCUCCCUACGCCCUCCCCCUCUCCAGCCUCCUGGGAGUGAAAUCCUUCCCGUACCUAGCACUGUCCACGCCCCCUGCGGCAAUGGCUUCCAUGUUACCGGGCUCAGUGGCGUCGGGAGCGACCGUCCCGGUCCAGGCUCACGCUGCAGCUGCGGCGGCAGCGGCGCUGGCGUCCUACACCACUAAGAUUUCCACGUCAGCCAAUGGGAUGAAGAAGCUGGAGCGACAGAAGUUUGCUCCAUACUGAUGAAGGUCAGAGGUCAGAGGCGGGGUUUUUCUCAGAUGGAGGGCACUUGUAUUUUGUCUUUUCUCUUUUUUUUUUCUUAUUGAUUCGUCUGAACUGAACAAAGUGGGAUCAGUGGAAAAUGUUUAUUUAUGAUCAGGUUUGUUGCAAAGAAUCAGGUUUUUUUGACGUAGACUCUACAUCAGUGGAAGCUCGGGUUCACACUGGACACGGCUCGUUAUGUCACAUCCUGUUCUUGUUUUAAAGUAAAAGCACUGAAGCAUUUCUUUUUAUUUCAACAAAGCUUUAAUGGACCAACAGAGCCAUGGUUCUCAAACUGUGGUACAUGCACCAUCAGUGGUACAUGGAGGAUGUUAUGCUGUAUAAACCAGGGUGUGUGUGUGCGGUAGAGUGUGUAGGAAAUGAUUAAAUAAUAAUAAUGAGUCACUUUAUCUCUCCAUCACUCCAUGUUAACCCUGAAGGACUAUGUUCAUGUGUUCAUACAUAUUCAUAUAUGGAUGUUUUCUUUGUUCCUACAGUCCUACUAAAACAAGUGUUACACUCAGACCCUUAAGGACAAAAAUGUCCUUUUGAAACUCAUUCAAACUGCAAUUUUUCAUCCCUUACAUUAAAACAUAAAACAAGCAAUUUUUAUUAUAUCUAGGUUUCAAAUCUGGGUUUUUACCAUGGACCUGAUCCUUUUUACUAAUCUCCAGCAGAAAAACAUGCUAUUUCCACUAGUGUUGCUGCUAAUUAUUGACAUUUAUACUUUGCAUGUAGUAUAUUGAAAAAAAAAAGUAAUCUAAACAUGGUGACAUCAUGACCAAAACCUGGCAUUUAAAGGGUUAAAAUCUUAGAACAAUUAAUUAGUAUUUGAUAUCAAUAAUUAGGUCAGAUGUAGGUGAAAUAAAAGUAGAAUUUUUGUGAUGGUUUGUUUUUUGUUUGAGUUUUUCUUGUGGCUUUUUUCCUUGUAUGUUAUUAUUAUUGUUAUUAUUAUCAUUAUUAUUAUAAUUAUUAUUAUUUUUAGAGCUCACCCUACUUUCACUAUACCAGUGUUUGUUGAGUAUAUGUGAGGAAGAGAAUAAAUCUGCCUCCUGUGAAAAGUUUACACCACUGUAUUUUAACAGUUAUACUAUUUUCUCAGCUGUUCCUUGGUAUUUAAAAAAUAGAUGUUUUAUGAUUUUCAAAGGCAGCGUUUGUGUAAAAACCAGUGUGAACCCGACCUCAGUGAAAAAACAGCAAGGGUCGUAAAAAACCAAAGAUAAUAAUUGAAUUAUAAGACGACGUUUAAACUCUUAAAUAUCAAUAUUUAUAUCAUGGGUUGAGUAUCAUUAGGAUUGUAUAGAUACUUAUAGUGCUUAUCAAUACUUUUAUUGAUACUCGUGCAAAAUAAUGAAUAUGUGCAUAAGCAGUGAUUUAACGCUGUAUUCCACCUGCAGUCGCAACUCUGGAUUUUACCGUUAAUCACACUUAUAUCACGUUUGUUUAAUUUUUAAGCAUAAAUGUGUUGCUAACGCUGUUUAUGUUCACGAAAUACCACAGCUGCUAAUGCUAACAGAUCAGUUAGCAGCUGCUACAUUAGCCAACAUGACCAGUUAGCAGCUGCUACAUUAACUAAGAUGACCUGUUAGCAGCUGCUGCUAUAUUAGCCAACAUGACCAGUUACCAGCUGCUAUAUUAGCUAACAUGAUCUGUUAGCAGCUGCUACAUUAGCUAACAUGACCAGUUAGCAGCUGCUGCUAUAUUAGCCAACAUGACCAGUUAGCAGCUGCCACAUUAGCUAACAUGACCAGUUAGCAGCUGCUGCUAUAUUAGCCAACAUGACCAAGUUAGCAGCUGCCACAUUAGCUAACAUGACCAGUUAGCAGCUGCUACAUUAGCCAACAUGACCAGUUAGCAGCUGCUAUAUUAGCCAUGAAUGUACAAAUGUAGGUACACAAUCAUUGUUAGUUAAGUUUCCCUUUAUCGACCAGCAAGCUGUGAAUUUUGAUGCUAACUUCAGCUUCGUUACAGACUCCAGCGCUAAUUAACGUUUUUACGUGCUUUUAUUGUGACGUGUCAGAGGAAGUUUAUCAGAAGGUUGACGAUGUUGUAAUGAUGUCCAUACUGGUGAAAAGCACCAGGAGGCAGUGUUAGCAUUAGCAUACUUAAAGUGACAGUGAACUCUUCCGAAGUAAAUUUUUCACACGUUUUUUCCUGCCAACAUGGUGGAGUAACCAAAGUCAUAUGACGUCUGAUCAUUUGGAACGAGGAACUGGUUCCAGUUUAGUUUCCUAGUUUAGUUUCAUAUCGUACAGCUUUGUCGUGGGUUUUUUUGCGAUCACGUUUGCAGUCGUGUCAGAUUCGGGAUCACACGAGCUUGUGUGCGACAUUUCCGACAUUUCUUUCCUCAGACAAUCGUGUACAGCAGCAGUUUUGCUGAGUCACUGUGAGCAGAAAUGAACCUCAGGGUCACUCAUUCCUCGCGUGUUUACGUCUCUGUGUGCAAAGACAAAUCGCAAAGAGACAAACAAACAAAACUUCAGGUAACAUUUGACUUUUUUAAAGGAGCAGUUCCCUGUUUUACUGUAAAGCUGUGUCUCGUUUCACAGGUCGCUGAGGAACAGAGCUAACAGCACAUAGCGGUUUUAAAUAGAUUUAUUUUUUUAACAUAUGUUCAUGUAAAGCCUGGUACUUAUGUUUAAAUGUUAGUUUAGUUUGUUGGCCGUGGACGAAAAACACGCAUUUCUGGGCUGAGACUAUUCACUGUUUUCCAUCACACACUUCUAACUCGACUUGUUUUCCAUGAUUUCAUAGCUCCUCCUCCAGGUGGGCGGUUUCACAGCAUGUCUGUGUGAAACUGUGGUGACGUUGUUUUGUCUCUGCGACACAAACACAAACGAGUAAACUUGUAAAGCAGUUGUUUUGGUUGAAAGUGAAUCCUUAGAAUCAUUAGAAUCAUUAGAAUCAUUAGUUGACAGAAUGGUUCAGUCGUUCAGUCACUGCCGUCUCUGAAUCCUCCACACUCCUCUCUGAAAACACAUUUGCUGAAUGUUGCACUUGAACGUUUUUAAGUCUUUUAACUUUGAUCUACAGUUGGAUGUUGACAUUGUUGACUUUGACGUCGCGCUCGUGACUCUUCAGUGACGACACUCUCUGACCAAUCAGAGGCCGGCAGUCUGACGUCACAUGUUAGUAUCAGCUGAACCUCGUCAGAGCAGGAACUAAAACAAACAGCAGGUUCUGUCACUGAUUAUUGUUGAGUUAGGAAUGUAGUGUAAUGGAAAAGCGUCAUCAGACACUGUGACACACUCAGCCUCCAAAUGCAGACUCUGAAGGAGGCGGAGCCUGGAAGGACAAUAAUCCAACCUAUGACAUCAUCAUUUUCCAAUAAUCCCACUUCACUCUGUCUUCGUCUGAACUCUGUGUGUGUGUGUGUGUGUGUGAGUUUUGUUUGUUGCCCUCGUCGCGGAGACUCCGUCAGAGUUCGCGGAGUCUCCGUCAGAGACUCCGUCAGAGUUCGCGGAGACUCUGUCAGAGUUGGUUGAUGUUGUUGGUGCGGUGGAAACUUUAAAAGCCAUAAAGACUUUAGCAGCUUUCUCUCUCUUGUAUACUCACACAUGUAUUGAAUAAUGUGAAAUAUUCCCUCAGAGAGUUUCUAACACUGAGCUUUUCUAUAACAUGUAUGCGACUGUUUUGUUGUGUUGUUGUCGUCGUUCACAUUUAAAAAUGUGUUGAUUAUUAAAUUAUUUUUUUUAACUUAUAGUGUUUUAGAAAAAAAGAAUCUUCCUAAAAUGGCUGCAGGUAAAAACUCUUUGUUUAAAUUGAACAAAACAACAACAACAACAUUAUAAUAAUAAUAAUAGUAAUAAUUAAUAUCACUGUAUAAUGAAUGCUAAUAACCAGAUGUUUCUGUUUGUUUUCACCUGUGACCACACACACACACACACACACACACACACACACAAACACACAAACACACACACGUCUCCUCACUCACUGUAUUUGUUUACGUUUGUUUUUGCAUGAGUGCAACUUGAAUUGAUGUCUAUGCAAACACUGUGUGUGUGUGCGCGCGAGCGCGUGUGUGUGUGUGUGUGCCCGCGUGUGCAUGUGUGUGUGCUUUAUCCUCCACAUGAGGGUUGCAGCUAAUCAGAUUAAGAUAAUCUGAAAUAUAAACUUUGGGACUAAAACAGAAACAUUUUAUUCUUCUUCAUUCAUAGGAAUUUUUUUUUUUUCCCACUGGUCGUGCACCAAACUCCCAGCAUGCACUAGGGUCACUGAAUCUGACCACACUGCGACGCCAUACGAGGCAGCAGUGAGCGCACACAUUCGCACAUUCACACAUUCACACGUUCACGGUUAUGAAAACUGUAUUAUUGCACUUGAACAUGAAAACAUAAUCAUCCAUCUUUGUUUUUGCAUCUCAGUGUUUGUGAUUCUCUGUUUUCUUCAUGUUCUAAUAAAUAAAUAAAUGAA